AUGGAAUUGCCAAUAACUUGUUCUGCGCCUUUAAGUUCUCCGCCUCCUUUUCCGGAUGAUUUAGGUGGCGUAACGCAUAGUAAUGUACUCUUUGACGAGAGAAUACCACAGAGAAUUCACGAGAAUAGUAAUAAUGUAAAUGAAAAUCCCGAAAAUGAAAAUGGAUAUAAUUGUGACGAAGAAGCUCCAGCUUAUUCAUAUUAUCCUUCUACAGAAGGUUCACCAUUCGAACUUAAAACUAUAGGAAAAUCACCAUUAAAUAUUAAAGAAAAAUAUUUAUGUGGUGAUUUAUUAGAUAAUAGAUAUUUUUUAUUAGAAUUUGUUAGAUUUAAACAAAUUAAAGUUUUUAAAGUUCCUAGAUAUAGUGCAUUAGUAACUUUAGCGGGAAAAAAUAAUCAUGUUAGAAUUUAUGAUUUAAAAAGUAUAAGAUUAUCAAUGGAUUCAAUAUUUGAUGAUCACGAAUUAUCUAAUUCAUCUGCACCCAGUUUAUCUUUGAAUAAUUUAAAUUUGAAUUUAUCACUUAAUAAUAGUUCUUUUACGAAUUUACCUUUAUCUUUACCCCCCACAACAAUAAAUAAUGAUGCAACAAUAACAAAUCCAUCAAGAAAUACAAUAAAUUUUUCAGAAUCUCGAAAUUUUCGAAAUGGUCCAACUAGAUCUUUUAUAGCUGUUUUAUCUAGACAAAAUAUAUUUUUAUUUGAAUUAGAUUUUGGUGAAGUGAAUCGAAGUCCUGAAUUUAUUCUUACAAGAACUUAUUGGUUACCUCAAACUCCCAAAUUUUUAAAAAUGUCAAUGCAUGAAGAUCAAUUAUUAAAUAUUAUUGCCGUAUUUGAUAAUGAUGUCAUCCUGGUUGGUGUAGAAGAUGCAAGAAUUAGAGAUGUUUUAUUGGAUCCUAAUUUACGUCCCGAUAAUUCUCAUACUUUCAGGUCUUUAUCUUCUUUAAUUUGUGAUUCCCCUUCUUGGAGAACUUUUUCUCAACUUCCUUGGGUUCCAAACUUUGAUCCCGAAUUUUUAUCCGAUUCUUUUACCAUCCCUCCUCCUUAUAGUUUAAUUUCAAUGAUAGUAGAUGAAAAAGGUCGACCAUUUUGUACUAUCAUAUAUAAGUGGUCCUUACCACCUGUUCAUGUAGAAUUUAUAAAACCCAAAGAUAAAAAACAUGGUGAAGGUUUUGUGGUGGGGUUUGGUAAAAAUAUGGUAGAAGUCAGAAGUUUAAAUACGGGAAGGUUAGUGGAAAAUGUGGUAAGAGGUGUGGAUGUUCAAUUCUUGGGAAGAGGUGAAGGUGAAGAAAUGAUUUGGGGAUGUCAUUUAAGUACAGAAGUUUACUGA